GUACAAUCCAAGCAUACAACUCUCUGUCAACCCCCUGUACCAGAUACCAUUUCGAUCGCGACCUCUAGGGAAAGAUUGGAGGGCCCAAAUCCACCAGAGAACACCAUGAAUCGACCAGGAGUUGUACCACAAUCAUUACGAGGCCUACCAAACAGCUACCCAAAUCAGCAACAGUUACCACAAAAUAGAAGCGUAUCGAAUAGAUUACCACCAAGCGGAAAGAUGGCAAGUAACGGAGGAGGAGCGACUUGGCCUUUUGGCGGGGGAGGAGUGCCUAUGGGCAGCGGCGUUCUAGGAAAUCCUCGUCCAAACAACGGCCCCAUGACGAGUUUCGCACAGACAAUAGGAGGUUCGUCACAACCAACCACGCAGUUAGAUCUCUCUGAGUUCCCGUCAUUAUCCAAUAACCAGCCACAACCAAGCCAAUCAACAUGGGCUGGAUCUCGAGGUCUAGGACCAUCAAGCAACAUGCGGUUACAACAGACCCAGGUCUCCUCUCAACAGCAGAUGAGUGCUCAACAGCAGAGUCAACAGCAACAAGAUGAUCUCUUUGGCUCCUCAUCUCAAUUGCCAAGCAAUCAAAGUGGAUUUCGGUUUGGUAACCAGAGUGCUAUUGGCCAGUCAUCGCAGUCCCACAACGCUGAUGAGUUUCCUCCACUCAGCCGCAACGCAAAUGGCGAUAUGGGACAAGACCGCAGCUCAAACAUGAUCCAAAAUGUUGGCUUCGGUGCUCAAUCCAGUGGGGCAGGAUUUGGAUCUACAAAUCCCACCCAACAAACUCGGAAUAAUGGCCUUCUGAACGCUCUAUCAGGAAGCAACAGAAUGGCAUCAAACAACCGUGUUGCCUCUCCUGCAAGCUUGUCAGGUUUAUCAACAUCAAGAUCACCAGUUGAGACACAGCGCUCAGGAUUAGGCGGUGAAAGCGACCGAAGUGCCUUCUCAAAUGCGCAGUUCAGUUCCUCAGUUCCUCAGCCUUUACGUGAAGAUAACACAACACAACCACCACAACCAACCAUGUCGGCCAGCGGAUCGUCGACGCGUCCUGAUGGCGCACAGCAGCCUGAAGCAUCGGGUUCGCGUUCCCAAGCCCUUGAUUCUGGUGCUGGCUCGUCUCAAAGCAAUGCUGAAGAAUCCACCUCUGAGGUCCAGGACCCACUGGCCCACAUGAGUGAUGUCGACAAGUUUGGUCUCAAGGGGUUCUCGUACUUGAUGAACAACUACCCAGACUAUGCAGCUCUUGUUACGGGUUCUGACAUUACCAACCUGGGUUUCGAUCUCAGUUCCCCCGAACCAUUCUCAACCCAAAUUUACUCCUUGUUUGACAAUGAGCCACCCAGACCUGCGGUCCCUGCUUAUGAGAUCCCUGAGUGCUAUCGCGUCCACAAUACCGCCCCGCUUGAUAGCAAGAUGACCAACUUCAAUGACGAGGCUCUGAUCUUCAUGUUCUACUCAAACCCGGGUGAUAUCCAGCAGAUGAUGGCAGCCCAGGAACUGCAUAACCGUAACUGGCGCUACCACAAGAAGUUGCAGCUCUGGUUGACAAAGGAUGAUAUGAUGGUUCCUCAGUCCCUCGGCAGUGGCACUGAACGUGGCUAUUACAUCUUCUUCGAUAUCAAGCAGUGGGUUCGCGAACGUCGGGAGUUCACCCUUGUCUACGAUGACCUCGAGAAUCAUCCAAAUGGUCCACGUGGUCCUCCUAUCUAGGCGUUCUCUUGAGCAUCGUCGACUAGUGACAUUGCGUGGUUUCUUUUCUCAGCUUGCUUUCAUGGCCUGGCACGAUAGGCGGUGUUUUCUGCGAAUAUGAGGUUGCGGGCUUAAUUCUUUGAUGGCUGCUUGUUAUUGAGGGACCAAAACCGAGAUAUUUGCAUGGAACCGUGGGAUGGCGUUCUUGUUACCGUUUGCCUUAGGGUACAUGGGCUACUACAGGCGGCAUAACGGGGAUAUCGACUUUUCAUCGGCGUUCUUGCAACCCGGCGAGGUUUGCAUAGGGAUUACCAGCUGGUAGA